AUGAAGAUUGGGCGGGAGCUAGAGGGGGCCAGAUUCGAACAGCGAAUCAGAAGUGCCAGCGAUAUCGCGCUAGAUGGAGCGAAACUGGCCGCAAACGGGGCCGAUCGGCUCCUAACACCAUCGUGUCGAGGAGACACAGGCAUCCAUGUUGCCGUCGGUGUUUCAAUGAACCUUUACUUGCCAGAUGACCGGUUGAUGGAAGUUUACUACCGUGGCUUGCUGAAAACCCGCCAUGGAUAUGAAGAAGGUGACACGGCGUACAGGACGCCCCAUUCCGAGGGAUCAGGUACUGAACCAACUGAGUUGCCGUCGAGACCGGAUGGACCUUUACCUGGCUCGGAUUCUUCCGUAGCAAGCAUAACUGCCGAAUUGCGCCUCGGCGGGAAGAGAUGUGUUCGGUUUACCCAUGAGGCUACCGGUGUCAGCCUCACAUCCAGUAUUGUGGCAGAACUUCUAGAAGAGUACUAUUUUCAUCUACACCCGAAGUUCCCGCUGUUGCUGGACCCUGCCACCACAAUCGAUAGCUACGAAAAAACACCCUUGUUGUUCUGGAGCGUUUUGGCCAUGGCAAGCAAAGGCUCAGAGAAGCAUGCAUCUGAAUACCCUCGGUUACAAAUUCUUUCAAAGCAAUUGGCAGCAGACAUCCUCCUCCUUGGCACUCGGUCUAUCUACCUUGUUCAAGCUUUACUUCUGCUCUGUGUUUGGUCUUUUCCCCAUGAUGACAUGAACAAGGAGCCGCUGUCAAUGUACUGUGCAGUCGCCAUUUCUAUGGCACGGUCUCUCGGUUUACAUCGUCCACAAUAUCCAUUCCCUUUAUUUGCUGCAAAGGCAUCGGAGGUCGGAACCGUGGAAACUCGGACGGCAACCUGGCUGUCUUGUUUCAUCGUGGAUCAAUGGCAUACUGCAAGAUUCGGGGUGCCAAGUUCCAUCAGGAUCGAUCAUACAGUCCUUCACGCUGUGAAUGUUUCGAUGCCUGGGAUACCAGCGACUACGAGGAUUCAACUUCACAUCGCUCUCGUCACCUCGAAGAUCUCGGCUGCCCUGGGCGAAUGUGAGACCUCGGCCACCGGGCUCACCGCGGAUCCCCUUCCGUUUGUGCGGGUGUUUGAAACCGAGCUUAGCAUGGUACAAGACAGAUACGCGUGCGAAUGGUCUCCUGCCGAUGAAGUGUCAUUCCUUGACGCGCGGCUCAGCCUGUACUCUUACGUUCUCGACCAGAGAAAAGCCGACCCCUUGAAAAACCUUCAUUCAGAGAAUGAACUCGUCACCCAGGGCAGUAUGACGGCGCGACAGCUCCUGGUCGUGCUGACUACAUUUCCCGACGCACUGAGCAAAGGGACAUUCCAUGUGUUUCGCUGUGCAAGCUACGCAGCCUUCUUCCUCUUACGCAUUCUUGGGACGGCACCCAGAGAGUUGAUCGAUGAGACGGGUAUCAGAAACAUCAUCAGACAGACUUUUACGCUCAUGAGGGACAUGUCUCAGGCAGGGAAUGACCGACGGCCUCAAAGCUUUCGAGUCUGCAGAAUCAUCGAGCACAUGAUUGACUACGAAGACUGGAACAAAGACACGCCGUUCACAGGCAAAGCCAAGUCAUUUAUGGCUAAUAACUUUGUCGCAGAUGUUGCGGCCAGGGGCAUGAUCAAAGCAAAUCAACGGCAUGCGGCUGCACAGACCGAACGCGAUUGCCGGGAAGCCGUGGCAGCAGGAGUUCCGGCGGAGGUGGAGUCGGACUUUAAUAUCGAUUUCUCGAUAUGGGAUCCGAUGGAAUGGACUGUGAAUUGGCAGGAUAGUAACGACCUACUAUUUCUUAGCGAGAACAUAGGUGGAUCCUUGUGA